UUGGUUUAUCCAUCUAGGAAAACUAAACUGCAUGCAAUUAUAAUCCAAUGAUGAUUACUUUAUACCAAUAGUUUUAAAAUUAAGUUUUGAGCUCUAGAGGAUCUUGAUCCAUCUAAUAAUAAUAAACAAUGUUUCAACUGGUUUCUUUGAAAGCCAAACCGUUCUGUUGCUCAUCGUGGCUGAGAGAGUUAAGAGCGAAUAGCAAAUAAGUGACUGUACUCUCGACAACAACCAUCUUUCAUAGUUUUUGCCACCAAAAGUGGUGAUUAAUUGUUACAACAACAUCACAGCUGAAAAGAGAUCAAUCAUAGACAGCAAUCAUGUCCGUUACCGUUUCAGUUGCCGCCGCCACUUCGUCCGGCGUGGGCUCCUUUUCUCCCCGAUCGUGGCGAUGGCGGGUGACGAUGUCCCUCCGAUCUGACGCCGUGUCCGUUUCUCCAACCAAAAUGUUGACCAAACUGAAGCACGAGUGUGCAACUCCUCUGCCCCUUCUUCAGCAAGUGGCCAACGCCAUGUCUGCCGAUAUGCGAGCUGGGCUUGCCGCCGAGGGAGGGUCUGGGCCUGGGCUUCCCAUGAUACCCACCUAUGUUGAAGAGCUUCCCACAGGAAAUGAGAAAGGGUUGUUUUAUGCUUUGGAUCUCGGUGGAACUAACUUCCGCGUGCUGAGGGUGCAAUUGGGUGGCAAAGAUGAGCGCGUGAUUGCCACUGAGUUCGACCAAGUUUCCAUACCUAACGACCUUAUGUUUGCUACAUCCGAGGAGCUGUUUGACUUCAUUGCUUCUGGGCUAGCAAAAUUUGGGUCUAAGGAGGAUGGUAGAUUUCGUGUAUCUCCCGGAAGAAAGAGGGAGAUUGGGUUCACAUUUUCAUUUCCUGUGAUGCAGACAUCUAUACAUUCUGGCAUACUAACCAAGUGGACUAAAGGUUUCGCAGUCACUGGGGCUGUAGGAAGAGAUGUGGUUGCUUGUUUGAAUGAGGCUAUGGGAAGGCAAGGACUAGAUAUGCGAGUUUCUGCUCUGGUGAACGAUGCUGUGGGAACAUUAGCCGGAGCAGAAUACUGGGACAAUGAUGUCAUGGUUGCUGUCAUUUUAGGUACUGGAACCAAUGCUUGCUAUGUUGAGCAGAUGAGUGCCAUUCCUAAGUUACAUGGUCAUGUCUCUUCUGGGAAAAUGAUCAUUAGUACUGAGUGGGGAGCUUUCUCAAAUGAUCUCCCAUUAUCCGAAUUUGACAGGGAAAUGGAUGCUGCUAGUAUCAAUCCUGGUGAACAGAUCUUUGAAAAGACUAUCUCAGGAAUGUAUCUUGGCGAAAUUGUGAGACGAGUGCUACUGAAAAUGGCUGAAGAGGGUGGUUUGUUUGGAAAAUCUGUCCCACAAAAAUUGUCCACACCUUUCAUACUCGGGACCCCAGAUCUAUGUGCCAUGCAACAGGACAGUUCUGACGAUUUACAUACAGUUGGAUCUCUCCUCUAUGAUAAAGCAGGGGUUGAAUCCAAUGUAAGUGAAAGAAAAACAGUUUUAGAGGUUUGUGACACUAUUGUAAAGCGAGGUGGGUGCCUAGCUGGUGCAGGAAUUGUGGGGAUUCUGCAAAAAAUGGAAGAGGACUCCAAAGGCCUCAUCUUUGGGAACAGAACUGUUGUUGCCGUAGAUGGAGGCUUAUAUGAAAAUUAUCCUCAAUACAGAGCUUACUUACAAUAUUCUGUCAAGGAGCUGCUAGGAACGGAAAAGUCCAACAAUGUGGUAAUAGAGCAUACAAAAGAUGGAUCUGGCAUAGGAGCUGCUCUAUUGGCAGCUUCAAACUCCAUGUACAAGCAAGACUUUUAAGACAUUUACCAUCAUCAUGUAAAAAAUCUAAGUAGUUCAAGUAGUAAUUAAUUAUUGGAACCCCUUGAUUAAGCAUUGGGUUAAUAAUAAGAAAUUGAAGU